UAAAAUCAACCCAACUUUUUAUGUUUCCAUUCAUCCUCAAAGAACCCUCCUUUUUCUUCCUUUUAAUUUCCUUUCUUCCUAAUCUUCGAUUUUUGCAGAAAAGGGACAAGUUUUUGAGUUCCCAUUUCCCUCCCCUGUUUUCUGUUCUUGAGAAAAAAAUGAACAUAACCAAUCAAAACUCCCCAUUUUUCACUCAAAACCAUGAUUCCAACAUCGGAUCAUAUCUCUCGCAGCUCAUUUUAAGCAGUAAUUCAAACACCACGGAUUCAAUAUUUUCAAAGUGCUACGAAGCAGGCCCUGCAGCUGGCCAUGUUUUAGGCCCGGUUGGAUCGUCCGUGUACCUACAGCAGAGGGAUUUGAUGAUCAAUCAAUUUUCCCGCGAGAGCGCCUCCGCGAUUUCGAGAAUCGGGCCGAGGAGUGGGAAGCUGUACAGAGGGGUGCGGCAGCGGCAAUGGGGGAAGUGGGUGGCGGAGAUACGGCUGCCGCAGAACAGGAUACGGGUGUGGCUGGGCACCUACGACUCGCCCGAGGCCGCCGCCUACGCCUAUGACCGGGCGGCCUACAAGCUGCGGGCCGAGUACGCCCGCCUCAACUUCCCCAACCUCCGCGACCCGGCCCGCCUCGGCCUCGGGGACGCCCCGCGGCUCGAGGCGCUGGGGAGAGCCGUCGACGCCAAGAUCGAGGCCGUGUGGCGGAAGCUCAAGAGAGAGAAGAAAGCCCGCCGGGAUGCCGGGAAAUUGGGGGGAAAAAGUGGGGAAGGAGAUAGUGGUGUGAAGAAAUGUGACUCUUCGGGAGCGCUAGAAGAGGGCUGUGGGGCUAGUGUUGUGGGCGAGGGGUCGUCAGGGUCUGUGACCGAGUGGUGCUCGGGUGCAGAGGAGGCCGCGGUGUCGGAGAUGGAGGGAUUCUUGCUUGCUAGGGUGCCGUCGUUUGACCCGGAGUUAAUAUGGGAAGUUCUUGCAAAUUAGUCACAAUACGAAUCUCCAUCAAUCCAUUUGAUUGAGGAUCAAAAACUAAAUAUAUACUAGUUGUAAUUAGGAAUGUUGUUAAUAGCUAGUAUUAUGUAUUCAAGAAAUUUGGAAUCGGGUUUUUAUGUGGACAGUGAUAGUAGUAAAAGUGGUAGUUUUUGGUUGAGAAGCUUUAUUAUCCAUCUGGUUUUUAUAGGAUGGAGUAUUUUAUAUGCUUCUGAUAUGAAUUGUAUGAAGUUUUACUUGCUAUUAUGUGUUACAAAAUCUUGACAAGGAAUUAUUGUUGCAAUGUGAUAUACUGUAU